UAUCAACAAAAAUACUAGUUUUAAGCUAAUUUUUUUUGCGAAUAAGUUAAUUAUAAUUCCCAAUAAUAAUUAAACUGUCUAAAUUAAAAGUUCAAUUAAUUACUAAUUACUAUAAAAUUUAAUUAUUAUUAUCAAUGUUAAAAUCAAUUUUUUGAUUUCAUAUUAAAUUUUAGAAAUUUAACUUAAAUCGUUUAUGAUUAAAGUCAUAUUUUUGUCAUAUUCACUUUUCAUUAAGUUUCUUAUAGUACUAUGCCUAAAGAAGUAACUAUCACACUAUCAAGUCCACCUACUACAACACCAGUUCAAGGGUUGUUUAGAAAGCGUAGUAGUCGACCUGUUCAUAUAAAAUCAUGGACCAUCAUGUUAGAAAAAAAUGGAUUUGUUCGAUGUCAUCUACAGCAUUGCCGAUAUAUAGCAUAUUGUAUUGAUGAUAUGAGAGAACACUUUAAAACAUGUCGUGGUGAAGUAGCUGGUAAUUUUGUUUGUUCUACUUGUGGUGGUCAAACAACAUCCCAAGAAGCUCUUGAUUAUCAUAAACGAAAUAACCAUAAAGAUUCUGAUGUUAUGUCUAUUAUAAUCAAACCAACUUUAACUGAUCAUCAAAUAGCUUCAUGGACUGCUGAUAUAAAAACACGAGGAUAUACCCAAUGUUUUAUGCCUGAAUGUCAUUUUAUUAGUUAUAAAUUAUCAGAGCUAGAACAACAUUAUGAAAAAUGUCUUGGUGAGGAUCCUGAUACAUCUUCAAAAUUUUUUUGUCGCCACUGUAAAGGUUAUACAUCUUCUCAACAGGCUCUUCAAUAUCACCAAAAUAAUCAUCACAAAGAUUUACUUUUUCCCAUAAAACAGGAUAAAGAAGAUGAUUUGGAUGAUGAUAAUAAAAUUCAAUCAUAUCCUAUGGGUCAGUAUGGCCACUCAACAUCAAGCGCUAUUAAUGCUGACAGUAAAAUAGUAACUUAUUCCCAGUGGAAAAUUCAAGAAGAUUUAGGUGACAAUGAUUCUAUUUGUUCAGAAGUAAAUGUAAACAAUCCUACUGACUCGCAGGUAAAAUCUUGGAUUCGAGGUUUAAAACAAGGUUAUGUUCAUUGCAAUCAUAAUGGGUGUAAAUAUAUGACAUUCGACUUAGAUGAUAUGAAUGAUCAUUUUGCUACAUGUUAUGAACCAUAUUUGGAUGAUGAAUUUGAGUGUUCAAUUUGCGGUGGUAGAACAACGUCAUCUAAUAAAUUGAAAACUCAUCUUUUACACCAUCAUGAUGAAGGAUAUAAACAUUUAACAGAAGAAGAAUGUGGUUUUAAACUUGUAGAAACAGAAGAUGGAUUAGAACUACAAUCAGAAAAUACAGAACCUUUAAAGCGUAAAGCUGAAGAGACUGAUGAAGAAUAUGAAGAUAAACAUUCUUUGAAAAGAAAAUCAUAUGAUAUUCCAUACAAUCAUCUAACCAAAUGGAGAGAUGAAUUACUAAGAAAUAAAUUUAUCAGGUGUACAGCAUCUGACUGUAGUUACUUAGCUCUUGAUAUGUUAGAAAUGAAACAACAUUCUGAUGAACAUGUGGACAGUGUUUACUGGUCUUUUAAAGAUCGGGACUUGGAAGAUAGAGUAGCAAACUUUUGUGAUGCGUGUAAUGGUCAUUUUAAGACAGCAAAACAUUUAGAUGGUCACAAAUUGAUAUCUCACAAUAGUAGCGAUACAUCAAAAAUUGAUAGUUUACUUGCUGAUAAUAAUGAAUAUAACAUAGAUGAAGAUGAAGAAAUUGAAGAAGUAUUUUAACUAUUAAGUUAAAUAACAAUUUUACUUUUUGCAAUGUCCAAUAUAUUACUUACUAAAGUUAAUUGACAUUUAUAAUUUUUAAAUGACAAGAUUUUUUAGUAUUAAUUUUAUUUACAUAGAUGUUUUUAUUCAUCUUUAUAACUCAGAGUUGUUAGGAAUAACUCCUUACAAAAAUAAUUUAUGGAUAAUAACUAAUCAUAUUAGUUGUUUUUACAUUAAGCUCAAAAAUUAAUUGUUUAAAUAAGUAUAAAAAACUAUUAAGUUAAUAAUUUUUAAUUACAAAAUAGUUACUUAUAGAAAAGAGAAAUAAUCUAAUAUUACUGUUAUAAGCAUCUAAUAAGAUUGAAUGAAGGAAUUAUUUUUAGUUUUUAAUUAAAAUACUAAUUUUUUUGUAAAAAAAAUUUUUUUAUUAUAAGAAAAUAACCAUUUAUUUUCUUUAAAUAUUAAAUUUCUAAAAGAGUAUAAGCAGUUAUAUUAUUCCUAUAUUAUGUCAAAGCACCUUAAAAGAAAGAUUAUUAUCUCUAGUAUAACUGAUAAAAAUUUUGUUAUAGAAUAUCCAAUUUUUGUUAUUUGACUAAUUUUGGUAUAUCUUUCUAAAUAUUUUAAAUUUAAAAAGUACAAUAUAAUUUGAAUAAUUGUAAAAAAUUAAGUAAUAUUAAGUAGUCUUUUGAUUUUACACUGCAAUAUAGAAAACAAAAAAUCAAGAAUAUUAAAUUUAAAAUAUAAUUCAAAGCAAAAUACAAUUAUUGUUGUUUUUGUCACCUAACAAGUGCGAACUAUUUCCUCGUGUUGCCAAAAUUGGCAAACAUUUAUAAAAGUAACUUGUUUAAACUUAUUCAAGUUAAUGUUAAUACAAUUAUAUUAAAAUGAAAAACUACCUCCGAAAUCUUAAUUCUAGGAGUUAUUGGACAUUAAAUUCAAAAAUCAUACAAUUUUCAGAAAAAUGGUCACACAUCAUUCUAAAUUAUUUCAAUUAAAUACUUGUUUAAUGUAAUAUAUAAUGAAAAAAAAAAUGUUCAGGUGAGUGGUGCUCUAUGAGAGGCACUGAUGUUAAAUUUUAUAAGCAUUGCAUAAUAAAAAAAGAAUACUGCAACA